AUGGCUCCUCCGGAACACUCUCCCGGACCAACAGCCACUCGGGCUGUUUAUGGUUUUUCCAUGUUCCUCCUCUUCAAGACGCUCUUUAUCAUGUACGUGAUAUGGGCAUUUGUUCCUGACACCAUCCUCAGGGAUAUGCUGAGCCUAACAUACCUCCCGGACAAAUAUUUUGCCAUUUUCAUCCCAAUGCUUAUCCUCGUGGCAGUUUCCCUUUUUGCCUUUUUCAUCUAUCCUGGCAUAAAUCUCACCAUUACACCUCAUCCCUGUGACAUAUCUACAGUUAAAGAUCCCUUCUCUGUGACACCAUGCCUGUUCAAGCCUCCGGGAGGGAAGGGUUAUUGCAAGAAACCGGUGAAAACUCCAAAAGAUUCAUGGGAAAUCCAAAAAUUCUGCGAAAAUCAUGAAAAUUCUGAAGAUGUUGAAGAAGAAAUCACAAUCCAUGAUUUCUGUGAUUGUCCAGAAGAUACCAGGUGCUUUCUGAGAGAAAAUCCAAAUUAUCUGCAGCAAUUGAGGAGGAAGAAACAAAUCCCAAAAGUUUGUGAUCUCCCUCUUUCUUCGGUGUGUCCGGAACUCUAUGGAGGCGGGAAAUAAAACUUAUCGAUUUUCCGAAAACUUAUCGACUUUU